AUGGGGCUUUUAAAUAUUUUAAGAAAACUGCGUUCGCAUCCAGAAAAAGAAUUGCGUUUAUUACUUCUUGGAUUGGAUAAUGCGGGAAAAACAACGCUUCUAAAACAACUAGCCUCGGAAGAUGUAACACAUGUGACGCCGACGGCCGGUUUUAAUAUAAAAUCAGUACUUUCUAAUGGAUUCAAAUUAAACGUAUGGGAUAUCGGAGGACAGCGAAAAAUCCGGCCAUAUUGGAGAAACUAUUUUGAAAAUACUGAUAUCUUAAUAUAUGUAGUAGACUGCUCGGAUCAUCAAAGACUGGAGGAGACGAGCUUUGAGUUAGCUGAACUGUUGCAAGAUGAUAAGCUAUGCGGAGUACCAUUGUUGGUAUAUGCCAACAAACAAGAUCUUGCCACAGCUCUACCAGCCAGUGAAGUCGCCCAGCACCUCGGUCUACAUCUCAUCAGAGACCGGACUUGGCAAAUACAAGCUUGCGUAGCAACUGACGGUACGGGAGUUAAGGAAGGCAUGGAAUGGGUGUGUAAGAAUAUACCAGUGAAGAAAUGA